AGCCUGUGGAACCGAAAUGGAGGAUUUAUAUGAUCACGUCGAGAGGAAACAGUGCGAAUGUCUCAAUGCAGAUGAAUCGUUUCCACUGUCAAACGCAAUAGACCGCGAGGCGAGAGAAGAUGACGAGAAGUUUCUCAAGAGCGACUGCGACGCGCAGCUUUUGCUUCACAUCGCCUUUCAGCAAAUCGUCAAGAUUCACUCGAUUGUCAUCUACACAUGCCAGAAGCAUCGCGCGGUAGGGCCGAAGAAGAUUGCUCUGUUUGUCAACAAACCCCACCUAGACUUCAGCAGCUGUGAAUCCGAGAAAACCUCUCAGGAGAUGGAACUGACCGAUGACUUGCUUGACGGCAGACCGUUGGAGCUCAAGUUUACUUCCUUUCAGAAUGUUUCGAGUCUUUCUAUCCUCGUCAAGGGGAACAUGAGCGGCGAUGAAGACGAACCGACCAUCAUUAGCAAGCUUUCCUUCCUUGGCUUCACCACCAACAUCGAAGGGAGAAAGCGAACUCUUGAAGAGCAGAAGGCCGCAUGUGAGCUCACAUGCUCAACGUCUUGUUUCUACUCGACGAACCCACUGACAAGUCUGUCUGACCAGCUGCCGGCGAUUGGCUGA